ACGGCGACGUCGCCUUUCUCUUGUGCCCUGGGCCCGUAAGAGGCCCCCAUUCGCAGUCCCCGUCUCUUUCUCUCCCCACUAUUCGCUCCUUCUACCUACUUGACAACCUCGGCUUACCUGACCAGCCAUCUUGAGCUGCACAGAGAGCUCUAUCCGCAGCUUGUCCUCUUUAAGACGUGUUUUCCAUUCGCUCGAGGUGAUCAGCCGCGUCGUCUCGCACCCACGAGCCGCUAUGCAAGCCGAUACAACCGUCUAACCGGCGUAUCUCUCAACUAGCUCGCGGUUCUCGAUCGUUUUGUGGUUCCCCGUUGUUUUGUGCAUUCCAUCAAGUUCAUUUCAUUCGAUUCUCGUAGAAAUCGGCGAAUUAUCUCGGACCAUUUCUCGGAUAGCAGUUCGAUAUCAGUGUAUUGUGAAGUUGGACGAUCGGUAAUUUGGCGCGGAUGGUUUCGUCAGUGUCUUGAGAAAGAUAGUUUGGUGGUAGAAGAGGAGUGGUAAAAGGAAACAUGGGAUCGAAAAUAGAGUACGUGGAGUCCUCCCACAUGUACGCGACGAAUUACAUUCGUAAUUCGAAGGCGAUCGGUGUACUGUGGGGUAUCUUCACCAUAUGCUACGCCAUAAUCGGAGUCGUGGCUUUUGUCACGCCGGAAUGGCUCGGCGACCUGGAACACGAGAAUCCCGGAAGAUUUGGCCUGUGGACCAGGUGCAGCUACGGCGGAAACGGCGAGUUGGGAGAGGAGUGUAUCGGCAGACUGGACGACUUGUCGACGAUCGUCAACGUUCCUUUCAGGGCGAGCACGAUUCUGGUGGGCGUAGCGGUGAUAAUCGCUCUGUUGACGAUCUGCGCGAUGCUUUUGUUCUUCUUCUGUCAGAGCACGACCGUUUUUUACCUGUGCGCCUGGAUGCAAGUUGUGUCAGCGAUAUCCAUGGCCAUCGGAGUUUGCAUAUAUCCUCUGGGCUGGGACUCGCCUAUAAUUCGAGCCGUUUGCGGUGCAGCCGCGUCCAGAUACAAUCCAGGUGCUUGCGCUGUUAGAUGGGCGAUACCGUUAGCCGCGAUAGCCGCUUUGGACGCCGCUACCCUGGCCGCUCUUGCUUUUAUUUUGGCGUCCAGGCACGUCAGACUGCAACCAGAGCCUUUUACCAAUGGUUCUUUGUACAAAGGUGAAGUGAAUCCCGGAUACGUGAACGAAGCACAGAGCGUCGCCGGAUCACGGAAGUCCUUGUCCCUGAGACCUGUUCUCUUGGUCGCCCCGCCGGAACAGGACCGCUACAGCGAACUCUCCAGAGCGAAAUCCCAUUCGCAUCAUAGCCUUUACACGCCAGCGCCGUCUCAUCCGGCGCACACGAUGUCUACGAACACCUUGAAUCAUUCCCAACACAAUUUUCAAUUGUAGGGCAGUCAGCGACCCCGGGGAUACAUUGUACAUAGGCCGUCGUAUUUCUCGAACUUCCGAUCGCGAGCUACGAAAGAAUCGAGCAGAAAAUAAUUAUUUGUACAUAACGAGAGUUUCGGGAUCUUCUGUCGCGUAUCGACGUUUCCAGUUUCGAACGAAAUCACGAAGAAUCGAUGAGAGAGAGAGAAACCUGUAAAAAAAAUAUGUUCGCAGCAUAUAUAACUUUGUGUCUACGGUGCUGCGCUUUUCUCCCUUGUACAUAGGUUCACGUAAUUUGUAAACACGUCCGUUGUAUAUCUUAUGUAUGUAACGAAAAUUAAUUAUCUAUUUGUAAUAUUAUGCAGGAUGAUUUUAAAGCGACGAAAUUUUUACUCCGCGCCUCGGAAUCGGGACAAGAAUCCUGUGUAAACGCGCGUUCGCGAGGCUUAUUAAAAGUUUCACAGGAUCGUUGCUUAUCGGGAACUUGCCCCCCUCGGUUCCGAGGUAAAUUUCUCCAUCAUUUAUUAAUCACCCUGUGCGUACAGUAGACAGGCGUGCGUGUAUUUUGUUUUAUAUUUCCAAUAAGUCACUCCACG